UAAGAGUGUAGCUAACCUGCUAACGGGAACACCGGCGCAAACAGCCGUAGAACUGAUAACAGACAACUGUGGAAUUUAUAUGGCAAAACGGAUUGUUAGCUUCUUUGAGUCGCUUAGAAGAGGACCUACCGACUACAUCGAAAUAAAACCCAGAAGACCGACGCUUGAACUAUGAGGAAUUUCACGGGGUAAGUGAAUCAUAUUGUAGCCCUAGGAUGGACAGUUACUUCAAAGCUGCUGUGUGUGACUUGGACAAGCUUUUGGAUGACUUUGAGUUAAACUCAGAGGAGGCAGAGAGCAAACCUACAUUUGCAAAUUCUGCAUGCCAGGACCCAACCAUCUACCCUCAUCACUGCUUAACUUCACCAUGCUUUAUACCAGAGUCAUCCACAGUUUCACAAGCUCUCCCUGAUGUCAAUGCCCUGCACUAUGGUCCAUCUACACUUAGCAGUAUACAGAACCAAAGAGAUCAAAAAAUUAAAGGGAGGGUUUUGACGGGUGUUGACCUCCUGUCCUCUGUUGACAACAGAGCUUCCAAAAGUUUGACUCCUCCUUGUCCAGAUAGAUCCUUAAAACCUGUCUGUGACCUUGUUAAUGAUACAGGAUCUGCCAGUCUGCCUCAGACAAACAGUCACAAUGCUUUCAAACAGCUGGAGUUUGCUGAAAAACAGCUUGAGGAUGAGCUCCUGGUAGAUUUUGAUAGUCCAGUUAUAUCAUUUCCAGGUGAUGUGUUUAAGUCCAGUCAUGAUGAGCUGCAGGGACUAGACUCUGGUGGUCAUCUCGGUGGCUCCUCAAAUGCUCUUAGUUUGCUAGAUGUUAUAUUGCCUGCAGCUGUUGAGAGGACUUGUGAACCUCAGAAUACUUCAAAUGAUCUAAAUCCUGUAGAGAGUAAUGAAGUGGAGAUGCCUCAGAGUAGCUGUCCAGAGGCAUCCGGCUCUUUUGAACUUCAUAGCAAUUCCCAGCCAUCUUUAGAAGAUGAAAUAAUCCCCAAUAGUGCAAUUUCUUCAAAUGUAACAGAGGACAUGACAGUAUUCAGUGCUGUCAGUACAGGCCUGCCUAAUUCAACAGACAUGCAGCACUCAGGAGACAACAUCGACAGGGACCAAGAAUGUUCUUUAGCCCUUCCCCCUGGAGAAAAGGAAUCUUCCCUCUCCUGUCUCCCCAUGGCUGUAUCCAUGUGUGGAUCUCUUGUGGUCUCUUUAGAACCUCAAGAGACAACAGUGCAUGAAACCAAAGAAAAGACUGAAGUACCUUCCCCUGACUCUGAAGAGACAUUAGCCACUGAAGAGGCAGAGAACUUUCCUAUUCCUUCCGAGGAAGUUGGGACUUCGAUAUGUCUUAGCCAGUCGGAUUCCUCCCCUGAGGAUGACCCUGAACUCAUACAAAUAAUGGCAAAUACAGAAAGGGCAGCAGACCUUAUAACUCCUCCUUCUAACAGAAAUUUUGAAUGCACCUUAUCUCUUCCAGAGAAACUUAACACUAGAGAAUUGCCUGAGAGUAACCAGUCUCCUAACUAUGCAGGGAGUCCUGAUUACCCCUCAGAGUUUGUCUUUACUAGUGAUUACCUUCCAGAAAGUGAGCAAAAUAUGAUGAUGGUAACUGAUGAAGAACUAGAUGCUUAUUUAAUGGGUCAGGCACAGAGAAGCAGCCCUGAGAUGUCAGCAGAGAAAUUUGUUGAUGAUGGCUUUUCAGAGUUCAAUGUGGAUUUAGAGGAAGAGUUACAAAGCUGUCGAGUAACUACAUUUGCAUCACCUGAAAGUGACAGGUCUCUUCAGUUUUUAGAGGAGGGUGAAGGUUCCAAUUUUUCCUCAUCAUCUCAGGACAGUAGUCCAUUGAAAGCAGACACCACCCAAACAGCUAAAAUGCAUGACAUGCCCAGCCCCACUGACUUUCAGGCAGUGUGCAAUGCAAGUCAGCAGCCAUGUUAUGGAGGAGCACGACCAAAGCAGCUGUCUAGCCAAACACAAAGAAUAGUACUACCCCAAGAGGAGCAGAAUAGUAGCAGCCAGUCUGAGGAGAAUAUGUUGAGUUCUGAGGAGAAGAAUAGCACACAUUCUUCAUCUGUAGCUCCCAUAGUGAGGCAGUCUCCCAGCAACAGUGAGGAUAACUCUGAAUAUCCGAAUCAUGAACCUUAUGAUGACAGUUAUGGCCACGAUGAGCUUUCAGAGCCACCUCCAUACCCAGGAGAGAGUUCUGGAGAAGGAGAAUCUUCAUUUGAACUUGAUCGGUCAGGAACAGAGGACGGUGGCCUGGGCUUGAGGCAGCCUGCCUGGGUCCCUGAUUCUGAGGCUCCAAACUGCAUGAAAUGUGGACAAAAGUUUACUUUCACUAAGAGGAGACAUCACUGCAGAGCCUGUGGCAAAGUAUACUGUGCCCUUUGUUGCAACCGUAAAUGCAGAUUGAAAUACUUGGAGAAAGAGGCCAGAGUUUGUGUGGUCUGCUAUGAAACCAUACAAAGAGCUCAGGCACUACAGAGAAUGAUGAGCCCCACUGGGCCUAGUCCCAACCCCAACGUCCCGUCUGAGUACUGCUCCACUAUCCCACCUAUGCAGCAGGCUAGGGCAGCCGGCACCCUCAACUCCCCCCCACCCACGGUCAUGGUGCCUGUGUCUGUCCUCAAGCAUCCCGGCAACGAUGGUUUCCCAAGAGAACAGAAACAUGUAUGGUUUGCUGAUGGAAUACUGCCUAACGGUGAGGUGGCAGAUACUACCAAGCUCUCUAUAAGGCCUAGGAGAUCCUCGCAGGAGUCCAGUCCAGUUACGCCAGACCCUCCAACGCAUGCUUGUAAAUUUCCAGAAGGCAGCGAGGGUUCUGUGGACAGUUCUGAGGGUGGUGUGGAGGUGACCCAUCGGGUUGUCAACGGGCCGUGGGACUAUGCCCUGCUCUGUGGGCUCAGUGGCUGUGUGCAGGGGGCAGCAAGUCUUAUCCCUGAGGAUGAGGAGGGGCUUCCACCACUGCUCAUUACCACAGGAGAGGAAGAAGGAGGGGAUUUAUUAGUAGAGGAGCGCCCUGCUGCCUGCCAGAUAAUGCUGCUGUUAGAGGAGGGAGGCCCAAGACCUUUGACGUUUGUACUGAAUGCCAACCUUGUGGUUAAUGUCAAACUGGUCACAUAUUGUGGGCAGAAGUGUUGGUGUUUGAGCUCUAAUGGUCUGCAAGGAGUGGGCCAGAGAGAGCUAGUGUUUGUUAUAGAAUGCCUCCCAGAGGAGAACAGUCUGCCUAGAGACAUCUUUAGCUUUUACAUUAGCAUAUACCAUGAUGCUCAGAAGGGAAAAUAUAUUGAGGAACUUGGUAAUGUGACAUUUACGGACAGUUUUCUGAGCAGUAAGGACCAUGGCGGCUUCCUUUUCUUCUCUCCGAGCUUUCAGCCUUUGGAUGGGCUCGGGUUACCUGCAAGCUCCUUUCUGUGUGGGGUUCUCAUUCAGAAACUGGAGGUACCGUGGGCCAAAGUGUUUCCCCUUCGCCUAUUACUCAGUUUGGGAGCAGAAUACAAAGUGUAUCCUAGCCCACUUGUUAGUAUCAGGUUCCGUGAAUCUGUCUUCAGAGAAACUGGACAUACCAUCAUGAACUUGCUCGCUGAUCUGAGGAACUACCAGUACAGUGUGCCUGUAGUUGAUGGUCUGCGGAUCCACAUGGAGGUGGGCAAUAGCUAUAUUGACAUCCCCAAGUCAAGGUUUAACGAGAUGCUAAAAGUGAUGAAUUCCUCAAAUGAACACGUAAUAAGUGUUGGAGCUUGUUUCAGUACUGAGGCAGACUCUCACUUAGUCUGUAUUCAGAACGAGGAUGGAAGUUACCAGACACAAGCCAACAGCAUUCAGGGAAAGGCCAGGAGAGUGACUGGAGCGAGCUUUGUUGUUUUCAAUGGUGCCCUGAAAGCUUCUUCAGGAUUUAUUGCCAAAUCUAGCAUUGUUGAAGAUGGGUUAAUGGUGCAAAUCCCUCCGGAGACCAUGGAAGCUCUGCGGCAGGCCCUGAGGGAUCAAGCAGACUUCCAGAUCACCUGUGGAAAAGCCAACUCUACAGAGGCUCGAGAAAAUGUUAGCGUGCGCUGGGUGGACUGGAUACCCACAGUCAAUAAAGGUGUCACCAGCCCUAUAGAUGGGAAGUCUCUGGAGGGGGUUCCCAGUAUCCGGAUCCAGCAGGACUCAGAGUUUGAGAUGGAUGGGCGGAUAAUCAGGUGUACUGAGGUCUUUUACCUGCUGAAGAGCCCAGACUGCUCCCUUUCUGGCAUUCUCCCCUCCUGCAAUCAGUUCCAGAGAGAGAUCGCUACUGCAGGCUGCGCAGCACUCUGUCCUCACCUCUCUGUCCUAAUUGGAAGUGGAAUCAACUCACUUGCACUCAGAGUUUCUACUGAUACUGAUAUGGUUGAGUACCAAGCGGGCUCGGGCGGGCGUCUUCUGCCUCAGAAAUAUAUGAACGAGUUGGAUGGAGCACUCAUCCCUGUCAUUCAUGGUGGAAGCUCCUGUGUGCCACACCAAGCAAUGGACAUGGAGUUCUUCUUCUACAUCACUCAGACUAUUUGAACACAGAGGGUGAUAGCUGCUCCCUCUAAUGGCAGGGAUGGUAGCCCUCUUUCAAACCAUUAAAUAGAAAUGCUGGAGAGACACACAGACCUGUGUAAAUGUUUGUAAGGAAUAGUCCAUUGCACUUCACAGCAGUUGCUGUAAUUAACAGUAGGCUUCUUCAAAGCUGGUAAGAAUGAUUUUAAGGUUGUAGUGUGUCCAGAUUUGAUGCAGUUUGUGGAAAUAUCAUUAUUGUCUGUGAGAUCAGAGAGAGCAAACUUUUAUCUGAACUAAAUUGUCACAAUGCAUGAGAAGCACUGCUUUGAUUAAUGUGAAGGAUUUUUCUGAAAACCUUGAAUUUGCAGGUUUUUUUAAUCCAUAGUUCUUUGGUGGUGUUCUUUGAAGUUGCUUCAUCUGCGCCUAUGUUCCAUCUGACUGUUUCGUUCAGCUGUUGUAUUUUUACGAUGUAUUGUGGCCUAACACUUGUCUUGGGUGUGUUAGCUAUACACUAAGUAACCGAACACAUCAGUUCGUUUGAAAUGUAUAAAUGGAAUUGUCUCUUAAUUUUGUUAAGUUUUUAUUAAACUUAAAUGCUAUUUUUGGAAUAUUCCCAUAAGUUGAAUAAAGGUAAUAUUUUUGGUAGGCCGUUGAAAUUACUUUUGCGAGGAGAGUGAAGACUCACUGCCGAAGAGCUGAUUUUGAGCUGCAGUUCAGUGAUUUUUAUCUCUCUCAUUCAUUCAUAUGUUGUUGAAGGAAAUGUUGAUAAUGCUAAAAAAAAAAAAUGAUGCACGUAGAAAUUUGCCUAAUUUGCUCAAAGAAGUUUUUCACUCUAUUACAGUGGACAGGUUUAAAACCAAUUAAACCCAUUUUAGUUUGUAAAAUAACACUACAACAAAAAAUGCCUAUCAAAUAUAUUUUAAUCAAGUUAUAAUCUAAUUGUUGUCUUUUAAUAUAAAUUUAUUGCAAUAAAUGAUAAUUGCUUGACUAGAGAAACAUCAGUCAAUUUACAAAUAUAAAGCAAAUAAUGUAGCUCUGGAAAAAGACUUUGCUCACUACAUCUGAUUUUUUUUUUUUUUUUUUUUUUUAAGGAUGUGGCACAGGGUGGUGUUUUUUUGGUGUUUGGGUUUGUUUUUUUUGGGUUGGGGUUUGUGCUAAUCCACUAUACCACAUGGGUGCAGCCAAAAUAGUGAUGUUGGAAAUGUAGCUGCUAAUUUCUUGGAGAAUCAGUGAUUUAGGAUCUUUUAAGAAAUUACUAUAAUUCUCAUUUCACAUACAAUAUGCUAAAUCAGAGAAGACUGCGGUUUCCUAAUGAGAGUAGAAUCAUCAUGAUUUGCCCAUUAGAUGGUGCUCUUGAAGCUUUUAAGGCUGUCUCUGAGAUGGACAAUUUUCACCUCAACUUGCAGUGAGUGAGACUGGUCUCUAUGUAGUGCCAUAUGUGCUGCUGUCACAUUUUAUGAUUUGUUGUUUAAGAUGACCUGGAUGACCAUUACUGCAGAGAAUGGUCCAUGUGUGAGAAGUCACGGUUGUUUAGUUGGAGCUAAUUUGAUGUAGAAGCAUUGAGAGCGCUUAAGAAAUGUGUCCUUGAAAACCAGCAAAAAGAAAUCCUUAGAUGCCAACUAUUAACAGGUUCUUAAAUUUUGAAUAUGCACUUUCAUGAUGAGUUGUGAACUGACUAAGAAGUGAUUGUACUUUCCUUAUUUCAUUUCUUGUACUGUGUGAACUGGGAAUAGUAUACUUUUGUUAAAGUGUGAUUUUAUCUGAAGUCAGUUAAGUAUGUUAGAUCAUGUAUGAUUCAAUAUUAGGACUGUCUUUAUUUUGUGGGGGGGUGGGGGGCAGUCAUCUCAUUUUUGUUCAUACAGGCGGACGGGUUUUGCAAGUCUUCACAUUAACAAAUGCAAAUGCUGUAUAAAUACAGAUGAUUGUUAUGGAACCUCUGAGAUUAAAUGUGAUCAUUUUGUAGACAUCUUAGAUGAAUUUAUACUCCUUUAUAUCUGGAGUGAGUUAAAUUUUGGGGAUUUAAAUUAUUUUUCUCACCUUUAUUGAUUAAUUGAUAAAUCAUCACAAAGUAUUUUAUGCUUUACAAAAAGCUGUUAAACUGUACCAUUUUGCAUAAUGUAUAUCUAUUUAUUCAUGAAAACCAGCUUUAUUUGGUGAUACUGGUAUCUGGGACCUAAGGAUGUUCUUCAAACAUUCAUUUCUAAUGUAUCACAUGUAGAAUAAAAUUUUGAUAUAUAUACAUAUACACAA